AAAACCCCGAAGAAGAAGAAGAAUCCAAAGCGGAAGACGGAUGGUUUGUUUUGUCGAAUGUGCGAGUGUUUUCUGUAAAAAAAAGAAAGAAAAAAUGUCUUCAGUACAGUUUCAACGAGUGCUUAUCAACGAUCAGUUAACUCAUACUGGAGAAACAUUCACAGAGUUUAAAGAAAUCGUCAUCAAGUCCGAGGAAGAGAUGGAUUUAACUCGGACAUCCCAGAUAGUCUUAAACCGAAAAGACCACCUGCAACAUAACAUUAAUAAGGAGGAGCCAUGUAAACAGGAGAGGAGCUUCACUCCGGACCAGGAGGAGUUAGAACCUCUGCAGGUGAAGCAAGAAGAUGAAAAUACAGAAUACCAACAGAUUAAAGAAGAGCAGGAGGAUCUAGGAUAUCAGCAAAUAAAAGAAGAGCAGGAGGAACUCGAUUAUUUGCAGAUAAAAGUGGAAGAGGACGAAGUUUGCUACAGUCAAGGUGAAGAACAGCUUGCACUAAAACAAGAAACUGAUGCCCAUUAUGAGCAAAUUCAUCACACUGAACCAGAACCAAACAGGACCCAAGUCAUCUUUCAGGAAGCUGCUGAAGCCGAGAACCAAAAUCAGGAAAGAAGCAAUGAUAACUUUGGAGCAAAAAGAGAUGAAGGAAAGAAACAUAAGAGGCAUCAGAAAACCAGACAGCAUGGGGACAGUUCAAAGCAAAAAGAUCAUGAAUACCUUCCUCAAAGUAGUGACUUGGCUAAAAAGACAUGUGAGAGGCCUGUCUCAAGUAGGAAGAGUUUCAGCCGAAAAGAUAAAUUAAAUCGUCACAUGUCAGACCGCCCUGGUGAGAAACCUCUUCUAUGCGUGAACUGUGGAAAAGGUUUCAGUUGUAAUAGUGACUUAACUGUCCACAUGAGAGUUCAUACAGGUGAAAAGCCAUUUCUGUGCGUGAAGUGUGGAAGAAGUUUCAGUAGAAGAAGUAAUCUAACUGUUCACAUGAAAGCUCACACAGGUGAGAAGCAGUUCCAGUGUAUUACAUGUGGCAAACAUUUCAUUUCAAAAGGUUCUUUGAUUAUUCACGUGAGAAGGCACACAGGUGAAAAGCCUUUCCAAUGUAAGACCUGUGGAAAACGGUUUGUUGAUCAAUAUUCUGUGAAUCUUCACAUGAGGAGUCACUCGGUGUUGAAGCCUUACAUCUGCGUGAACUGUGGAAAAAGCUUUGCUCAGAAACAGAAUUUAAUAAGUCACAUGAUGAUUCACACUGGUGAAAAGCCUUUUUCAUGUGUGACCUGUGGAAAAUGUUUCAGUCAAAAAGGUAUUUUAACUCGUCACAUGCUGAUUCACACAGGCGAGAGGCCUUUCCAGUGUCUGACUUGUGGAAAAGGUUUCAAUCAGAAAUGCAGCUUAACUGAUCACAUGACAAUUCACACAGGUGAGAAGCCUUUUUCAUGCUCAGCUUGUGGAAAAGGUUUCAGUCGGAGGCAUGCUUUAACUAAGCACAUGAAAAGCCAUGCGCUUAGUUAAAUAAAAUCUACUCUAGUCCAAGUAAGUCAUUUAAAACAUACUUGACUAAAAGGUACUUAGUCACCUUGUAAUAACUUUUUAAGAAAAUACUCUCUAAAUGCGUCACUUUGGAUGGAAAAGUAGUCAUAAUUUGAGAAGUAUUUUUCAUGUAUAAUGAUAAAGUUUACUGUAAAAUAAUUUGGGUAAAAACCAGAAUGAUAGGAGGACUUCCUUAUCUAUGAACUGGAGAAAUUGUUUAAACUAAAUAUGGAAAUUAACACUUCCCUCAGGAACUCGCACAGGUUAAAGACAUUUCUAGUUUGUGGAAAAGAUCAACCGUGAUCAUUUGAUGGUUCAUAAACCUCAUAGAUCAGAAGUUGUAAUAGCAUGAUUAUUGUAAAAUUUUCUGAUUUUGGUGGGACUUUGACAUUUCCAGUAAAAAAUCUGUAGUUUGCAGUUCACAGUGAAAUUGAAACACAAGUGUGGUAGUUUUGUUUUUAAAGUGAGAUUGAAACUGAUUCUGUCAUUUUUAAAAUUGUUAUUUUAAUAACCAGUGUGACUACCUAUUUAAAAGCUAAUUCACUCUUACAUUCAUUGAUUGUUUUUGAUUGUACAAAUGAUCUGUGGUUGUCUUCAAUAAUUGGGCAUGCCAUUCUUUUUUUGUUUUCCAGUUUUUCUCGGUCACUUUGGUGCAUUUCUUGAAUCAUCGCUUACAUUCGCAGAACAGGAAGUGCAUUUCUCAAAACAAUUUGUACAAACAGUUAAGACAGCCAGCAAUAGCCAGUUUCUUUCUCAAAGUCCUUAGUUUUGUCUCUCAAAGGUAAAUAUUUGUGUCAAUGAAUAUGUCUGUGCCUCAGAAUGUCAAGUCAUUGUUUCGUUGUGUACGGAUGCGAAUCAAAUUGAUUAGUCAUGUUGUGAAUAUUGCAUUGUUCUCUGAAGGGAUGUUCUGCUGUAAACUAUGGUUAAAGUUCUGAUGUCAUGUUGUAAAAUGUAAUUAGGGGAGACCAGUGGCAAGAGACUGGACAAGAUUCACAUUUAUGAUUUCUCGGUUCUGUUCACAGACACGUCGUUGUGAUACAGGAAGCAGAAAACAAAGAAAAAUAGAAAUGGGAACAUAAGGCAGACUUACAUGCAGAGAAAAAUUAAAUUUUUGUUUAGUCUCCUACCUCCUAUACUCCCCACUUAACUGUUCAUGACUUGAAAACUGGUUAAGCUAAUGCUUCACACAUUUGCCUUUGUUGAAGAAAGUCAGGAUUCACCUGGGAGCAAAUUAAUAGUUCAGGAAAGAAAAUAAAUCUUAUUAAUUUUAUACAAAAAUAUACGUGACACCUGACAUUUUGCAUGCUAACACUAAUAAGAUGAAGUUACACUUAAAUGUUGUAGAGGCCGAGACAAUUCAACAAAGAUCCAUAUAACAUCUUGAUCAAAAUAAAGAAAAAGGCAGGAAAUUGUAUUUUGCAAUGUGUUCACAGAAAUGAGAAAAUGUUUUUUUUAUGUAUACAAGCGGUGCAAUGAUUUGGAGAUUGGACAAGUAGUUUUGAGAAUUUCAGUUCUGUUCUGAGAAAUGCUCCAAAGCAACUGAGAAAAAAAAUGCUAUUUUUUGCUAUUCUUUUUCUGUUAGAGUACUUUUACUUUUAAAGUAUUAAUAUUUUUUGUGUAUGUAGACGGAUAUAUGUUUAAGUACUUAGAAAGUAAUUAAAGUGUAAUAUUUUUUUUGAGAGAGAGAUUUGAGGUGCUUUUGUUUAUGUACCACCCUGUACUUAAAGCUAGUAGAUGGCAGCAAUGCACCUGUGAACUCUUUACUGUCUAAAGCUACACUGUGCAAAUCCCA